CCUCGAACGGAAUUGGCUGCCGCCUGACUGUUAGUGUCCAGGAGUGCGGAGUGGAUGGAGCCCGCCCCUCCUAGCAGAGAUGCUAUGAUAAAGCUCCUCGGAAAGCCUUCUAGCACAUCAUGAAGAUCCUGGGGCAUCCUCUAAACAGAGUGCAUUGUCCAUCUGCUGUCGAACCCAUCAAAGAGCAAGGAAGUCCCCUAAAUAUGAAUGAUAUCAAAUGGACUCCUUGAAGAUUGUACUAGACUUAAUGGCUAAGCUAUAAAUAUAGAGGGUGAAAUAUUGUACCAGCCAGAAACGUGCCCACUGUUGAUCUUGUUGGAAUCCAGAGUGUGCAGAUCUCUGGGAUGGUGGAAGGUACAAUGAGGACUAGGUCAUCAAAGGAGGCAGACCUGCCCUGACCCUGCUGUCCCAGUCCAAUACUCCCACACACUCCAUCACACUGAAGCCAAGCUGAGUGUCUUGAGGCUGGUGGCUGAUGGAUGAGCUGGACAAUGAUUUUAAAGAACUCUGUGCUAACCUAUUGAGCAGGGUCAAGAAAAAGGCUGGAGAUGCUGAGGGAGGGAGGAAGGUUCAGAGCAGGACAAGGAGCACUGCAACAAAAAGCAAAUUAAAAAAGAGCAAGUCAACUGCUAAGAGCAAAAGCCAGCAUGACUCCUCUGUGGGAAAGAGAAUGGGCUGGCCAGGGUGCACGGACCCCAAUGAGCAGGCAUUGGGGCAUGAACCAGAAGGUGAAGCUGCAGCCUGUGGAAAUGAUGGGCCUCCACUGGGAGAUGAAAAUGGAGACCCUCCUGCCAUUCAGUUGGAUGCUACGGUACCAAACUGUAGCCAGAACACCCUGGCAGGCAGUGACAAGCGCAGAUCAUCCUUUGCUGCUGCUGCAGAACCAGCAACCUCCACCUCAUCCCCUGCGAAGACGCUCCAGAUCUCAGGAACCAGGCUGCGGGUAGCAGAGCUGGUGCUGGAGAGGAUGCAGCAGUUUAAGAGAGUGGAACCAAAACAGCUGAAACAUACCCGGGGCAGCAGCUUGCUAGAGACAGUAACAGAUGGAAACAUCCCUGAUGUGAUCCAGGAGAAGAACCAGCCAGGGAAUGUGACCACUCCGGAUCUGCCUGCGAAGGAGUCAGAUGUUGCUCUGGCCGUGGCCCUCCAGCAGGAGCUCAAAGAAGAAGUACCUGGAAGUCUGGAAGAGGCAGGCUUAUUUUUUUGUCAGAUCUGUCAGAAGGACCUCUCAGCCAUGAAUGCAACACGACGGGAGCAGCAUGUUAACAGGUGUCUGGAUGAGAUGGAGAAGUCACAGGUGUCCUCUUCCAGCAACCCACAGAUCCCUGAUUGCCCCAUCUGUGGGAAGCAGUUCCAUACGCCAAAAAGCCGAGCCAGUCACUUGAAACGCUGCGCUGUCAAGAUGGAAGUCCCUCCGCAGUUGCUUCUCCAGGCAGUGCAAUCGCAGGCAUUGGCCCUGGGUGAUGGGCUCCCUGUAGCACCCAGCAAUCAGCUCAGUAGGUCAAAGCGAAAAGGCUCCUCCAAAGAGAAGGAGUCAAAGAAAAAGCGGAAGACAUCCAAGGUGGAGACCAAAGAUGAGGAUCUUCUGGUUGCCAUGGCAAUGUCACGAUCUCUGCUGGAGCAAAUAAGGCAGGAGCAAGCAAAAUCGGUAACAACCAUUAAACUGGAGAGUGCUUUGCCAAUCAAGUGGAAGCCUGGAGCAGAGAAAAAAAGGCGUAAGAACAUCCCCCGCACGCCGCCUCCAUUGUUACUUCAAGAUCCAGAGACAGCCCAUAAACGGAUUCAAAGCCGGAUGGCCAUGCUACUAACAGAGGAGGUGGAGUUCCCUAGCACCCCUCCGCUCCCUGCCAGCAGGAUUUUGGAGGAGGAGCCUGGGAAGGCAGCCUGGCUUCUAUCUUUGCCCAAAGACCAGCGUUGCAUUUUGUGGGAGUAUAGUACUUUGACAGGACCCUGUGUCCCAGAGUCCUUCUAUGCAGCGGGAUUAACCCCUCCUAUUUUACCUUGGAAACCUGUGCAGGUGAGGAAUCAUUCUUCAGGGACUAUUUUGCCAUCAGUGAGAUCUGACCAACCACAACUAUCUCAGCAGUUACAGACCAGCAGCAACCAUCCUGAUCCUGCUUCUGUGGGGCUUGGAAACAGAACUACUGAUGAUCCCCAGGCAGACCCUGAUGGAGAGCAGCAGUUUCUAUCUUGCAGCCAGAAGGAUGUUCAGACUCUGCAGGACCUGGUGGAGCUGGCUGGGGAAGGACUUACUCUCACGCAGUGGAACAUUGACGUUGACCACACCAGUGAAGUGAAGCAACUGAGAGGAGAAUCGGUGGUCAGCGACAUUCCACUUAGUGGCUUUGUCCCUCCAUCCAAGGUGAAGAUGUGCCAGAGCAGCAACCUUCACACAUCCUCACUCAGGUCGCUGGCUGCCGAUUUCAGUGGAAUGGUCAACAACCCCCAUCUAAGUGACGUCCAGUUCCAGGUAGACAGUGGGGAAGUCCUUUAUGCCCAUAUGUUUGUGCUUUAUGCACGGUGCCCACAGCUGACUGAAAUCGUUCACAGUGAAGGUUUCUUAGUGGAAGAGGAUGGGAAUUUGCGGACCCGUCGAGUGUUGCUGAGUGAAGUGACGGUCGAGGCAGCCCGUGCAUUUCUGCAGUACCUCUAUGCAGCUGAUAUCAGUAUCCCUGCCCAGGUGCUCUCUGAUGUGGGAGCUCUUGCUGUCAGGUUUGAUGUGAGUGAACUGAUCUCUGUAUGUGGAAACAGCCCUGGGGAGACGGAGGAGCAUGCUGUGGUGGACUCAGGAGAUGAACUUUUCUCCGUGGGGGAAGAAGAAAAUUGUGACAACAGAGCUGAGAAUUUCCAGGAGCUCUUGAGGUCAAUGUGGGUAGAUGAAGAUGAGGAAGAAGUAGCUUUGCUGAAACCUGAAGACCAGGAAGAGGAAGACAAUGAGAAAGUGGAUGAGCAGGAACUGGAGGAAAUUUAUGAGUUUGUUGCCACUCAGCGAAAGAUUGUUCAAGAUGAAGCAGAGGUGGAAGAAGGCACAGGCAGCUGCACUUACAGUGAAACAGAGGAGGCCCAAAAUGUGAACCAACAGACUGAGGAUGAAGAGGUGGAGGUGUGUGAAUCUCCCUCAACAAGCAGCAAGAUUAAAGAAUGGAAGGAAAACUUUCGUGUGGGAAGAUCCAGCUGUGAAUCGCCUGGGCAAGAAAAGAAAAUCCCAGGUAUGAGUAGGAGUGAGAGCAUGAGUGUUACACAAAUCGCUCCUGUGCACUUGCAGGAUAAGCCUUGUGAGUGCGGUGAUGUUGCGGCUUCCCAUGGUAGAGCCUCUGAUGAAAGAGAGGGCUCUCAGAGAAUGCCCAAAGUUGUGAAGUUUUCUAGAUUCUCUCAGAUUUCACAAGAUGAAGAAGAGAAUGAUGCUUGGGAAAAAAUGUUCCCUAGUUGUCGACACAAUGGUGCUGACCUCAGUAAAAGUUAUGAUCCCAUGUUUUCCGCAACCCAAGGGGAACAUUGUGAGCCUUCUCCACUAAAUGAAGACAACAAAGAGUCAGGAGAGAUUUUCAGUGAAACACAUGUUGAGGUUAAUAAACCACCUGUUCACCAUCAGUCACAGAAAGACCUUCUGUCAGUUAGGAGUGAUUUGUGUAGCAGUCCUCUUAUCAACCAUUGCUCACCGGUUUUGCCAGCUGUUGGUUCAUCACCUAUGUCUCCAGAAUCAAAUAGGACAUUUUCCAGAGUAUCCACAGAAAUUUCUCCCAUAUCAGCACCAAAGCAAAAUAAAAAUAAAGGACUCUUUCAGUCUGAUGAUGCAUCCUUCCAAAAAGCCAGUGAACAGAAUGAUGCUUCAGGACUUGAGAAGAUCAUAAAGAACACACUUCCUCCAGCGAAGUCUCCUCACGUUGAUUUAAAAAAGCAAAAACACGUCCCAACUGGCUCAUCAUUGGUCCUCACAACUCAGAAUACUGCUUCUCAUGUGAACCAAGAGGCUGAAGUUAUUCUUUUGCUGGAUUCUGAUGAAGAAAUGGAGUUAGAACAAAUGAAGAAGAAAUCAGAUUCUGAAUCUUCCCUGAGGGAAAUGGAAAUCUCCAGGCGAUUGGAUUGUAACUGUAAGAAAGUGCAGCAAGAGCACGAGGUACCAAAAUCUGGACCUGUUUCAGUUGCUGACAUUGAAAUACACCAGAGACAAUUUCAAGUGUCACUAGGAAGUCAAGACAAGAUGUACAGUGAGAAUGCUGUAAAGCUGUCAGGAGAGAUGCCUCUUAACAACGAGGUUGGGACUUUUAUUGAUAGCAGACUGAUUCUGAGCCAUGAGGAGAGCUCUAGCAUGGACACCUCAUGGUUGGUGCCAGACACACCUCUUCUUACCAGAAGCAGGAACUGCUCAACACAGACCCAGGCAACAAGUAUAUGCUGUUUGAGGAAUCAGGGGUCUAAGCACAGGACUACGGCUUUAUUGGUAAAUACUAGUGACCAUAAACAAGCUGGGGAAACUAUGAAGAUUCCAGAGAUAACUUCAGAUCUGUUACUUGCAACUUCCUCACAAAAACAUUUGCUUACAGAGAACUCCUCAGUCAGCAAAAAAACCUCUCCUGGCAGCCCUUUAGGUCAGUCUUGGAAGGAUUCUCUGCGAGUUUCUCCAGCUCCACUCUCACCUGCCUGUGUUCGUGUGAAAGAGAAGUCUUCAGAAAACCCGUCUUCACCCAUACGAGGCCUUCCAUGCCGUGAGCUGUCUCUGGAGAAUAAAACAGACAUUAGUGUGGUUGAGGUAGAGGACAGUGAGGAGGAAAAGGAGGUGGCUCCACUCCCUUCGAGUGGCAGCUUCCUGCUCGGUGAUGAGCCACCAAUCCCAGUUGAUGACGACUGCUGGAGUGUCGAACAUCUGUCACCAAUCAAAGAUAACAACAGGGUGCUUGAGAGGUUGGACUGUGCAAAUACCAGCAGUCCCAUCCGCGGAAAAAGUGGCUCUCAGCACGACCAAUGGAAGAGCCCAAUCAGAGCCCUGGAAAUUACAGGUAGCACUCCUCUUCGAGGAAAUCCUGUUGACAAUAGAAAUACCUUGUUUUGUCAUGAAGAGAGUCCUGUUGAGGCACAUUCUUCAGUGAGUAAUAGGUUAAGUUUUCGGAACUCUAAAGUCUGGGAUGAUUGGGAUGAAGAUGAACUCCCAGAGAUUCUUCCUGUCACACAGAGGGUGUCCGCUGCAGCAGCUGCCCAGAAUACCCAGCCCCUAAAGACUCCUGACCCUGUCUGUCACAAGAGAAACCAGCCCCCCAGAGUUCCCAUAACACCAGUACCAGCUUACUCCAUCAUGGAGACCCCAGAGCUGAAGAAGGAACUGAACAGAUUUGGAGUCCGUCCUCUCCCAAAACGGCAGAUGGUGUUAAAGCUGAAGGAGAUAUUCCAGUAUACUCAUCAGAUCAUGUCCUCUGACUCAGAGGAUGAGAUCCCAUCCUCCCAACCACCCCUACAGAAAGCCACUGUGAAGUACCCCAGCCAACCCCAAGCAGACUUGAUUGAACUGAGAGAAGAGAGUUCCAAAGCCUCCAGUGUAGGGCGCAAGCAGAAGCUGGGGGUUUCGGUCCCUUCCCUGCCAGUUCUGGGCAGUGGUGAUGCUGACAGCUCAGCGGGCCCCUCUACAACAGGCUAUCUGAGGACUAAGAAAACAGCUGAAACUAAAGGCCACCCAGGAGGAGCCAGAGGGCUAAAGGGAGAUACUUUGUCUCCAGCUACAUCUCCAGUUAAAGGUUCUCUGGUGGGCAGUGCUGAUGGACAGGUGCUCUCAGCAUCUCAGGAGUCUGCAGCUUCUUCAGUGGCUGGAAGUGACAACUCCUUUGGGUCACAGAGUUCUUCUUCCAAUGAGUUUGAGACAGGUGCCCUUACAUCUGAAGAGGACGAAGGGAUCCCAGCAUCUCAGGCUGCAGCCCGGGAGGCAGAUAAGCUGGAGGCAGUGAGAAGCUACAUCCAUUCAAAUCCAGUCCUGCACCGGAAGAUCCUCCUUUACCAGCCCUUUGAGCUGACUGGGCUGCAGGCAGAGCUGAAGCAGAAUGGCAUUAAGAUUGCACUGGGAAAAUUGCUGGACUUUUUGGACGCUCACUGUAUCACCUUUACCACGGCUGGGGCACGGAAAGAGAAGCAGCAGCAACGUGGGGGCAAGAAAAAGGGAUGCAAACGAUACUGACUGGAGCCUCCUUUCCCUUCCCUGCUGCCUUGGUGCAUUGACACUUCCCCAUUCCAGGCUCUAAAACUCUUCCCAUUGUUCCGUGUCAGAGCUUCUUCAAGAAUUGCUCUUCUGUUUUGCUACUAAACAUUCUCCCUGCCCCGGUAGAAUCUGCUGUACACAUGCUUAUGCUGCUGACUUUUCAGUCAGUUAGAACAUUGCUCCCUGAUGUGCUCGAAUGGCUUGGAACUGUGAGAGAAGCAUCUGUUCCCAGUCACUCUGCUUUAGAGGUGCAGAGACCCCGCAUGCUUUUAGUACCAUCCACCCCACUCCCUGCUGAAACAGUGCUUGCUGGAUCUCUAGGACACCAAGGCCACUACUAGUACUGCUGGAGCUUCUGCAUACAGCUAAUAUGGUCCCUCUGCUUGUUUUCCUAGUUCUUUAGCCAUCAGUUUCCUUUUGCCUUUUCUGUCAUCUUUUCCCCUUCCAUUCUACUUUCUUUUAUCUGUCCUCCUCUGCCUUUUCUUUUUCAGUUGUUUCCUCUCCUCUUGUCCUCCCCGCUUGCCUUCCUCUUUUCUAAUAGGUUUUAUUUCAGCCUUGCUUCUAACUGCUGCUUCUAGAGGUAGAGCUUCU